UGUCGCCUUGAAUAAAAAAUCAUUCUAAAAAUAAGCACUAACACCAUUUCGUGUUUGCGGUAGUAAAAUGAUUUUGUCUUGGCUGAUGAUAGUUUUCCCUUUGAGAUUUGUUAAACUGAAGAUUUAUAAAAUGGAAAUAUUGGCUGUAUGAAAUCGUUCCUGUGGCCUGCCCAAGCAGGACACAAAUAAAAAAUACUUCUGUCAGAGUUUGAAAAUAACGACAACACGAGAUUGAAAAAAUCCACUGUUGAGGGAAUAUACUUUUUAUUUUGUGUAUUUCGAAACACAGAAAAUGGCCAAAAAUUACGUGACUAAUUUUCGUGGUGAAAGUUUUUUCACACCGAAUGCUAAAAUGAAUAUAAAAGACGAACCGGUCACUCCUAUUGAAGAAGACUUUGGUGAACAUAAUAAUUUGGAUAGUUACGAGAACGAUUACGGCUCGAUGAGAAAAUCAUUGUCAAUGAACGACAUUGCAGCCCUUCGUGAAGAUCUUGUUAAGUUGGAAUUCAGUGAUCAUGAUGAUGUGUACCAAAGAUAUCGGAGACCGACAGCGGGACCACAAGAACUGUCCAAAACGAAGUUUGUGUCCAUGGCAGAGGCUAUAUACCAUUAUCAAAGAGAUACUCCGGGUAGAUUUCGUUCAACUAAACCUCAAAUAUUUAGAACCCAAGGACGUGCAGGCCCUAAUGGGCUCACAGUUCCUCAGUCUCCCAUGCUCCGUUGCAAAGCGCGUUCACGGCCUCUACAUGUAAUGUCACAAAAAGAAAAGGAAGACCUAGAACUUGAAGAAUUAAAAAAAUAUAAGAUCAAAGCUCAUCCUAUACCUAAGUCUGUGAUGGAAGGGCCUAUAAAUCUACCAGAUGUACCAAAGAAGCCAGUGACAGUUCCUGAACCAUUUCACUUAACUGAGAUCCAUAAAAAACCUAUUGCAUCCCCAGUAGUUGAGAAAUUUAAAGCUAGACCUGCCCCCAAACAUAUUCUUCAAAAACCACAAGUGCCAGUGAAGCCUCCAGUCCAUGUUACAAAAUCAAUCAGUCCUAAAUUUCAUUAUAAAAGGACAAAUUCUGCUGAUCAACUGAAGAAUGAAAAGCCAUCCCAGAAACUAGUUGAGAAGUGCCUGAGACAAGGACCAGUUAAACCAGAACCUUUCUCUUUUGAAAAAAGAGAUGAGGAGAUGAAACGUCGUAGGGAUGAAAGAAUAAAAAAACAAAUUGAAGAAGAAAGAAAACAGGCCUCCCUGUUCAAAGCCCAACCCUUACCAGGUGCUGUAAAGAAACAAAUGAAGUGUGCCACUAUUAAAGGCAGUUCAUCCACUGCUUCUUCAGAGAAUAAGGAAAAUCAUAAAUUUGAAGCUCGGCCACCUAUAGUACUUUACAAAGAACCAUUUAAGCCAGUUUUGCAAUCUUUGCAUAUAGUAAAACCUGUUCCAUUUGAGCUGACUACAGAGAAACGAGCAGCAGAGAGAGAGAAGUUUGAGAAGCAAUUGAGAGAAAAGGAAGAAGAGAUGGAAAGAAUUAAACAGAUGAAAGAGAAAGAAAGACUUGAAUCAGAAGAGAGAGCUAAAGCAGAACUCCGAGCAAAACUUAUACAUCAUGCAAAACCUGUACCAGUGCUUGUACCAUUUGUACCGGAAAAAUCUGCAGCAUCUCUAACAGUACCUGAAACACCUAAAUUUGUAAGGAGGUUGAAGCAGCAUUGAUAAACAAUGAUCGAUAAAAGAAUUAAUCUUCUAAUAAUAAUCUUCUUACAUAUGAAGUUUGUCAUUUAAACGACGAAUAACUCCUCAUAUAACCCAGGGACUUAUUACUUGAAAUAAUGUAAUGCAGUGAUAGACAUUCCCUUUUAUAGAUAAUUUACUUUAGUUCGAAUAGCUGUAAUUUUUAGUGUAAAUGUUUCAGACAUACUUUUAUUUCAUUAUUAAUUUGGAUUUGUUUGGCAAUUGAAUUAUGGUAAUAUAAACUAUUUAAACAAAGAAUGGGUUUUAUUUCAAAUCCAAUCAAUCCCAAUCAAAUCCCCACAGUUAAAGUACUGAAUUGCAUCACAAUUGUUUAUCAUUAUUGCUAUUAUUAUUAUUUAAUAAUUUGUUUAAUAUACAUUACCUAAAUCAUUU